UGACGGCGACUUCAGAUCAUCGAAGACCUUGCUUCAGAGGGCAGACUAAAUGGGCAAACAUUCUGCAUACAAUGCAUGGCAAGGAAACCCCUACGGUCAAAACAUUGCCGUGUUUGUGAUCGAUGUGUAGCGCGGAGCGACCAUCAUUGUCCGUGGGUCUGGAACUGUGUUGGGGCAAAUAACCACAGGCAGUUUCUACUUUUUGUGUCGACACUAGUCAUCGAUAUUGUGUUGUUCGACUACCUCGUUUAUGAAUACUUCUCGUCGGUAUCAUUGCCCGAACCCGUUGACUGCUCCGCAAUCCUCUGCGAGUCAGCCUUGAAGGAUGCAUUCCUUCUUUGCGUCUCGCUAUGGUCAGCCCUGCAAUUGACGUGGACUUCCGUGCUCCUCGUGACACAGUACUGGCAAGUGACCAGACAGCUGACAACGUUCGAGGUCUCCAACAUCGGGCGUUUCGGCUUCAUGGGCGGCCGUGGUACCCUAGCUGCUGGUAGUGGAGGUGCCGGUGUUCAAAUGGGACAUCGGCACCACCAUGGCGCUCACCAGCAGAAUAGCGACAGCGACAGCGAAGCAGAAGGUGGUGCCCACAAACAGGCACAUAAUCACACCUUCUGCGGGACCCUCACAGCACCUGGAACAUGUACCGCCUUCCUACUCAACCUCCUCGGCCUCGACCGGUUCACACGUGGACGUGCCGCACGUGGACUCACCUCGCAUGCACGGAAUCCAUUUGACUUCGGAGCUGUACGGAACUGCAGGGAUUUCUGGAGUAUGGGAAAGGAACUUGGCGUGGAGUACGGCCAGGUGUAUGAUGUGCCCUUGGAAGGUUUUGAGGAGGCCAAGAAACGGAAGGAAGCGGAACGGGGCGACCUUGAGCACGAGCACGAAAGCCCUCACAACAGCAGGAGUAAGAGUCUGCUUGGCAAGCUCAGCAUACGGAUGGGUAUGGGCUCCACUCGGAGAGGCUACGAACCCCUGAAUCAGGUCUAGCUUUUUUUUGUGACGAUGAGCUAUUUAUUUUGUUUACCAGUUGUACAUGUGGAUAUUACGCUACUACAGGUACACUAUCCAGAGUAUAAACAUUACUCAUCUAACAUAUGUAAGGACGAAACGUUUGAUCCUGCAGAAGCAA